AUGACCUCCCCCACCACCGCCUUCGUACUCGUCGACCCGCCUUUUCGCCAAUCCUACCGCCUCCUCGCGCUCCUUCCUUUCCCCGCACCCAUACUCCACCAGGCCAUCGGUAUCCUUGUAUCCCUAAGCCUCGCCGGGCUCCUCGCCGCUCUGGGCCGCAACGGCUCCCUCUCCGAAUUCCGCUUCCACAUCGCCGAUGUCAUGAGCACAAUCACCGCCGGCCUCGGUCUCGGCGCCCUCUCCCUCGCACCCAGCGCCACGCCCAUCAACAAACCCAGGCCCUCGUCGUCGAAACCUCUGCGCAGAGCACCACCCACGCGCAGUCCUGUUGGCACUCAUGCUGCGGCCCGCCUCGGAGCGCUCAAGCCGGCCUCCACUUCCCCCAAGCGCAGCACACAGACCGCAGACGCAGAAGCACACCACGCCGGCCUGAGAAACACGGGCAACACCUGCUUCUUCAACUCCACCGUGCAGUCGCUCGCCUCGGUGCCUGCGCUGAGAAGUCAUCUCGACGAUGUCAUCCACGCCGCGGAGCGCUGGGACGUACCCACCCCCGUCACAGACGCCCUCGUCGAGCUCAUAGACGCACUCAACGCCGCCCAGAGUCGUGCCUCGUCCAUCAACCCGACGGCCCUAGUCAAUGCGCUACGCACCAUGAACAGCUCGCCGCUGCGCUCCCUCGUCUCGGCGCACCAGCAGCAGGACGCGCACGAACUUUUCGUCCUACUCAGCAGCGCCGUCGACGACGAAAUGCUGGCCAUCUCACGCGAGGCCAAAGACCAGCAGGCCCAACAGGAGGCCGGUCUCCGCGCCCUCAUCGGCGCCAGUCUGCCUUGGAACGGCAAGGGUGUCUAUUCGGAUCCUAGUCUGUCCCACAGCCGCAGCCAUGCAGAGUCUCUUGCGGGGCAACAGCAUCUUCCCGCAUCAUUCCUGCCGGCUUCUCCGCUACGUUGCAGGCCCGAAGCGGCAGAGUCAAUACCCCAGGUAUCGCCCUUCAACGCUCUCCUCGCGCAACGAACCAUCUGCCUCGAUUGCGGCUACAUGGAGGCCAUCCGACACUUUUCCUCCGAGGAGAUCAGCCUCAGCCUGCCACCGCGUCACCAGGCCACGCGCACAUCGCAAAUGACGGGGACCAACGCCUGCAGCUUGGAAGAGUGCCUCGCCAUGUGGUGCGAGCUGGAGCCGGUCGAAUGGAUCUGCUGGCACUGCAGCCUCGUACGGACCCGGGACAGGGCCAAGGUCGAGGUGCUUCGCCUCGAAGCCUCGGUCUCCUCUGCCUCGGCGGUAUCUGCCAGGGCAUCCCAGGCCAAUGGCCAUGGCGUCAACGGCGAGGCGGGUUCGUCUGCUCUGCCUCUCGAAGGCGCGAAGCCGUCGGCGGCCAAGAAAAAGCGCCUGCGCGAGGCAAAGUCGCGCGAGUCCCGGCUGGCCAAGGUGUUGUCGUCCGGACUGUCCGAGGACGAGCUGGCCGCGCUCGACGACGACCCGUCGUCGCCGUUCUUCGACAUCCUGCACGGCAUCAAGCUCGACAAGCACCCAUCGCGGAUGAGUACCAAGCAGCACAUGCUCUCUCGCCCUCCGCGCGUGCUCGUGUUUCACCUCAACCGAUCCACUUUCAACGCCACCUCGGGAUGGGGAGGAGCGAGCAAAAACGACCGCACCGUCCUUUUCCCGCUCCUGCUGGACGUCUCCCCCUUCUGCGUGGGCGGCUCCCUUGGGACGGACGGCAGACAGGGUAUGGACCUCGAGGCGGGCAGCAAAACGUCGAUGGGCAAGAGGUACUACCGCCUCUGCAGCAUCACAGUCCACUACGGCGGCCACUCGUUUGGGCACUACGUGUCGUUCCGGCGCCUGCCCCCCUUUUCCUCCGACCUCGGCCAAGAGGAACGAUGGGUGCGGAUAUCAGACGAGACCGUACGCCCGUGCAGCGUCGAAGACGUCUUGGCACAAAAUCCGUACAUGCUUUUCUACGAGCUCAUCGACCCUUCGCGGCUGCCCACUGCGGCAGAGACGACAAACGAAAGCGACGGGCGGGUCGAGCAGGUCGAGAAGGACGAGAUGCUCCGGAAACGAGAGGGCAAGGCCGUCGGGUACAGGGCGGGCGUCAGACCGCGCAUCGUCCAUCGAUGGAGCUCAAAGCCAGAGUCCAGAGAGGCUUCCGUGCAUCUCUGA